AUGCUCUGCGUUGGGACUUCUCUGCACUGUAUUCCACAACUGUAUCGGACGGAAUUCACCUACCUCUCUAUAUUCGGUCCUGGAAAGAAAUUGGGAAGCCUGGUGCUUUUCACCUCUUGCCUCCUUGUUAUCACGUCGACCUUCAGCCUUCAGCUGUUCUGUUUUUUCCAGGCUUUCGAUGCCCAGUUUGAUCGAUUUGAAACUUUUCCAAAGGCCUUCAUGUCAAUGUUUCAAAUCCUCACGCAGAAGGGUUGGGUUGCUGUUAUGCAUGACACCAUGGAUGUCGUCAAUUCGAACGCUGUGAUCACCGGUGUUGCAAUUUAUUUCGUAUUCUAUCAUUUGUUUGUCACUCUGGUGAGUCGCAUGAAAGCCAUUUUUGUUUUUUUAAUUAUUUUCCCCGAUGAAAAAAGCUAA